GGUUGCUUCGGGCCAGCGUGGUGGAGUGCGCUGGGCCUUCCUAGCGCCGCGCGAGCGGGCCGAGGGCUCGCGGGGAACCCGCUGCUCGACCCCAGCCGGGCUUGCCGCUCGGGAGCACUUUCAUUUGGACCCUUGGAUGCCCAUUGAACAGAUGCUUGAGAACUGCAAGUAAUCUUCAGAUUGUAGCAUAACUAUAAGGCCUGUCCUCUGUGUGGGGAGGAGAUCACCCAUGUGCUGUGGAAAUGAACGGGGAGCAGCAGAUUGAUGCAGAUGCUGGAUCUGGAGUGGAAGAAGUGGAAUUAAGCUGGGAAGACUAUCUGGAAGAGACAGGGUCCACAGCAGUUCCCUACGGGUCUUUUAAACAUGUGGACACACGUUUGCAGAAUGGAUUUGCUCCUGGGAUGAAACUGGAGGUGGUUGUGAAAGACGAUCCUGAAACCUACUGGGUUGCCACCAUCAUUACCACCUGUGAGCAGUUGCUCCUCCUCCGCUACGAUGGCUACGGGGAGGACCGGAGAGCAGACUUCUGGUGUGACAUCAGGAAGGCUGACCUCUACCCCAUUGGGUGGUGUGAGCAGAAUAAGAAGACCCUCGAAGCCCCGGAAGGCAUCAGAGAUAAAGUGUCUGAUCGGGAUGAGUUUCUGCGGCAGACCCUGAUGGGAGCAUGUAGUCCUCCUGUUCCGCUGCUAGAGGGCCUCCGUAAUGGGAGGAAUCCUUUAGAUCUCAUUGCUCCAGGUUCCAGGCUAGAAUGUCAAGCUUUCCAGGACUCUUUAAGUACUUGGAUUGUUACUGUAGUAGACAACAUUGGAGGAAGGCUGAAGCUGCGUUAUGAAGGACUUGAGAGUUCUGAUAAUUUUGAACAUUGGUUGUAUUACUUGGAUCCGUUUCUUCAUCAUGUUGGUUGGGCUGCUCAACAGGGAUAUGAGCUUCAGCCCCCAUCAGCCAUCAGACAUCUGAAAACUGAAGUUGAGUGGCAAGAGAUCUUGGCCAAAGUGAAAGAGGAGGAGGAAGAGCCAUUACCAUCUUACUUAUUUAAGGAUAAACAAGCGAUUGGCACUCAUUCAUUCUCUGUAAAUAUGAAAUUGGAAGCUGUGGAUCCCUGGUCUCCUUUUGGGAUCUCUCCUGCUACAAUUGUUAAGGUUUUUGAUGAGAAGUAUUUUCUGGUGGAAAUGGAUGAUUUGCGACCAGAGAAUCGUGCACAGCGAUCCUUCGUGUGUCAUGCUGACAGUCCUGGUAUUUUCCCUGUGCAGUGGGGUCUGAAGAAUGGUUUACACAUCAGUCCCCCUCCUGGCUACCCAGGCCAGGACUUUGAUUGGGCCGACUACCUCAAACAGUGUGGUGCUGAAGCUGCUCCCCAGAGGUGCUUCCCUCCGUCAAUUUCUGAGCAUGAAUUUAAGGAGAACAUGAAGCUUGAGGCAGUGAACCCUCUUCUCCCUGAAGAAGUGUGCGUUGCCACCAUUACUGCAGUGAGAGGCUCCUACCUGUGGCUCCAGUUGGAGGGUUCUAAGAAACCCAUACCUGAAUUUAUUGUGAAUGUGGAAUCCAUGCAUAUAUUUCCUUUGGGCUGGUGUGAAACCAAUGGCCAUCCCCUCAGCACUCCUCGCCGAGCACGAGUACACAAACAGAGGAAAGUUGCAGUGGUUCAACCAGAAAAACAAAUACCAUGCUCAAGGACUGUCCAUGAGGGUCUGAAGAAUCAGGAGCUGAGCUCCACAGACUCAGUUAUAAUUAAUGGAAAAUAUUGCUGUCCAAAGAUAUACUUCAACCACCGUUGCUUCUCAGGGCCAUAUCUUAACAAAGGAAGGAUCGCUGAGCUGCCUCAAUGUGUGGGACCCGGGAAUUGUGUCCUGGUCCUCAGAGAGGUCCUCACUUUACUGAUCAAUGCAGCCUAUAAACCCAGUCGUGUCCUUCGGGAGCUGCAGCUGGACAAAGACUCUGUGUGGCAUGGAUGUGGGGAAGUCCUCAAGGCCAAAUACAAAGGAAAGAGUUACCGAGCUACUGUCGAGAUAGUGAAAACAGCAGAUCGGGUGACUGAAUUCUGCCGGCAAACCUGUAUCAAACUGGAGUGCUGUCCUAAUCUCUUUGGUCCACGGAUGGUUCUGGAUAAGUGUUCAGAGAACUGCUCUGUACUUACAAAGACUAAAUAUACACACUACUAUGGAAAGAAGAAAAAUAAAAGAAUUGGGAGGCCACCUGGUGGGCAUAGUAACUUAGCAUGUGCCCUGAAAAAAGCGAGUAAGAGGAGAAAGAGGCGAAAAAAUGUUUUUGUUCAUAAGAAGAAACGCUCCUCUGCAUCUGUUGAUAAUACCCCAGCGGGCUCUCCCCAGGGAAGUGGAGGUGAAGAUGAGGAUGACCCAGAUGAAGGGGAUGAUGAUUCCCUAAGUGAGGGCAGUACAUCUGAGCAACAGGAUGAGCUACAGGAAGAGUCAGAAAUGUCAGAAAAAAAAUCAUGCUCCUCCUCUCCCACCCAAAGUGAGAUAUCCACAUCACUGCCUCCAGACAGACAGAGAAGAAAAAGAGAGCUUCGCACUUUUUCAUUUUCUGAUGAUGAGAAUAAACCUCCUUCACCAAAGGAAAUAAGGAUUGAAGUUUCUGAAAGGCUUCACCUGGACAGUAACCCCCUGAAGUGGAGUGUGGCGGAUGUUGUGCGGUUCAUCAGAUCCACCGACUGUGCUCCGCUAGCAAGAAUAUUCCUAGACCAGGAAAUUGAUGGGCAGGCCCUGUUGCUCCUUACCCUUCCUACCGUUCAAGAGUGCAUGGACUUAAAACUGGGCCCUGCCAUCAAACUUUGCCAUCACAUAGAGAGGAUCAAGUUUGCUUUUUAUGAACAGUUUGCCAACUGAGAAGGACAACCAAAGUGAGCUGUAUCUUUGAAGCACAAAUGCAGCAAAUCCUUCGUCCUGCUCUACAAGUGGAGCUGAAAUAGUCCUGGGGCUCUGGGCCCUGCAGGCGUCGGCUUGCUCUCUUUGCACUUUCAGGGAAGGAGGACCCACACUGAGUAAGCAAAAACUGCACAGAAGUGGCUCUCCUGCCAGUGAAAAUGUGGGCAUCUCUUGUUCAGCAGAUUGCAGUUUAAAAAAAACAAGGUUGUGAAGAAAAGACUCAUAUAAGAAGAAUAAGCAUUUCCACUGGUGUGGCCUGAAAACGAAGAAUAAUCUAGGUUGCUGGAAAGCACCCUUUUGGUUUUCUUUUUGUUCUUUCUGUUCCUUCCCACUGUAGAUUGAACUUUGUUCUCUGCUUUCUCUUUCUUGGAAAGAGAGAACAUAGCUUUAAGUCAGCACUGAUUUGGGACUGUGCCUAAGGCACAUCAGUGCUUCAUUGUCAUUGUGUUUUUUAAGCUUUUUUAAAUUAAAACAGUUCAUUUUGGGGA